CCGGCUUGCCGGCCUCCACCUGAGGAGGCGCUCCGACGCCGCUCCUGAGGCGACGACGGGAGGGAAGGAGGAGCUGCCUCCGCCGGGCCAGUUCUCCGCGGGGCCUGCCAUGCUCCUCCCGCCGUAGCUGGGAGGCCGGAGCUAAGCAGCAGCAGCCGAGGCCGCUCUCGGGGAGCAGGCCCGCCGCCGCCUCCAUGGCCCAAGCUGAGAAGAUGGAGCUGGACCUGGAGCUGCCGCUGACCGGGAGCGAGGGGGGCGGCCUGAGGCGCUCCAACAGCGCCCCGCUCAUCCACGGGCUCAGCGACAAUGCCCAGGUCUUCCAGCCGCACGUCUUGCGCACCCGCCGGAACAGCACCACAGUCGUGAACCGGCACAGCAUGUUGAUCACUUCCUCUACAGUUCGUAUCCCCAGCAGCCGACUCCAUCAGAUCAGAAGGGAGGAAGGAGUGGAUUUGUUGAACAGAGAAGCGGCGCAUGAAAGGGAAGUGCAGACAGCAAUGCAGAUAAGCCAAUCCUGGGAAGAAAGCUUGAGCCUGAGCGACAACGAUUUGGACAAAUCGGAAAAAUCCUCGUCUCCAAAGAGGAUAGACUUCGUUCCCGUCUCUCCGGCACCUUCGCCUACGAGGGGAAUCGGAAAGCAAUGCUUCUCUCCCUCCCUGCAAAUGUUUGUGAGUAGCAAUGGAUUGCCUCCGAGCCCGAUUCCCAGCCCCACGAGGAGAUUUUCAAACAGGAGGAGCCAGAGUCCGAUCAACUGCAUCCGGCCCAGCGCUCUCGGUCCCAUCAAAAGGAAAGGCGAAAUGGAGAGCGAAAGCCAGCCCAAGAGACUUUUCCAAGGAACCACCAACAUGCUUUCUCCCGACGCGACGCACCUUUCCGACCUCGGCUCAUGCCUGCUCUCAGACGCCCUCGACGGCAGCUCCAGCGGCACCAACUCUGACUCCCUGGCCAAAGGCGCUGCCGCUUGCGCCCCAGCAGAACCAGCGGCCACACAGUCCAAACCCGCUUCCCCAUUCCCCUCGAUGGACGGACUUUCCCCCAAGUGACUCGCCCUGUCGCCGGCCUGGAUGUCUGCUCCUGCAGCCCUUUUGCUAUUAUGCCCGCCUACGGAGAAACCAUCGGCAUGAAAUCCACGAGGGCAUCCGGAUCAGGAGCGCCGUGUGCGAAACACCCACGACGUCAACCUUACCCCUCGGCAAUGUCGCCCGGCGUUUUUAAGCCUCCUUUUAAUGGGUUUCCCUUUUCGUCCUUUGGCCAACGUCUGCUGGGUUUUCCUUUUGACGACAAAUCCUUUUGCCAGCGUGUCCUCGGAUCGGGGAGUUUCAAAAAGACGACAGCCGCAUUUCCUCCGAAUUCCCGGAAAAGCACCCAACUUACAUUGACAUUAAAAAUGUCGCCGGGAAACCGGCCACCGCCGCGAUCCCCUUGUUUCGAAGGUAAGAAUGGAGUUGGAAUCAAUGAGUUUACUCUAGGUCAGGCCUAGGCAAACUCGGCCCUCCAGCUGACUGCAAGGCCCUUCGUCCCUAGCUAACAGGACCAGUGGUUAGGGAUGAUGGGAAUUGUAGUCCCAAAUAUCUGGAGGGCACCAGAUGGAGCAGGUACGGGCAAACUCCAGCUCUCCAGGUGUUUGGGACUACAAUUCCCAUCGCCGCUGACCACUGGCCCUGUUAGCUAGGGAUAAACGUCUGGAGGGCUGUAGUUUGCCUAUUUCAGGCAUCCCCAAACUGCGGCCCUCCAGAUGUUUUGGCCUACAACUCCCAUGAUCCCUAGCUAACAGGACCAGUGGUCGGGGAAGAUGGGAAUUGUAGUCCAAAACAUCUGGAGGGCCGAAGUUUGGGGAUGCCUGGCCCUUUUCUUGAGAUGGGGGAAUGGCGGUGUAAACCAUGGCAAAUGUCGUUCAGUUUGGGGUGCAAGAAACGAUCUAUUCCAGGCUACUUCCUCAACCUUGGCCCUCCAGAUGUUUGGAGACUACAAAGCGCAUCGUCCCCAACCACUGGUCCUGUUAGCUAGGGAUCAUGGGAGUUCUCGGCCAAAAACAUCUGGAGGGCCGAGGUUGAAGAAGCCCGAUUUAUUCCUUCUCACAAGAUCCAAUCGGGUUAAAUUUCUUUUUUCUUUUUUUUAAAAAAGAAGCCACCGAUUUGUAAUCUACUGUGUCCCGCUAUUUAUUAUUUAUAAUUCUGUAAAAUAAUAAUAAUAAUAAUAAUAAUAAUAAUAAUAAUAGUCUGGUGAAUUUAUUAAGAGUAUUUUUUUAUGACUGAAGCCCUUUCCCCGUGUCCGGCGAGCGCUGGCUGAUCUGCAUCGACAGGCGACGUCGCGUCCGCUGGAUCCGUGCGAUUCUGGUUCCCAAUGUUUGUCGCCGUUCAGAUUUGGGAAACUUUCGAUUUCCUCCCUUCCGAAAAAGAGCGCGGAAUUUGAAGCGCAGAAUUUGUCCUUAUUUGGCUCAGAAAAAGGGGAGGAAAAAAAAGGACAUUUGGCUUCCCCCUGCCUGGAAUUUUCCUUUGGAAAGCAUUGGUUUGGACGCAGAGUUAGGCCUCUACAUCCAUCUGAGUGGAUGUAGCAAUUUCGUUGUUCCCGCAAGGGGACAAUGACAAUAAAGAUAUCUGAUCUUAUCUUAUCUUGUGACCUGUAUUCCAGUUUUCGCCUGGGAGAGAGUUAAGUUUCCUCGCCUCCAAUAAAUGUUCAUAUUGUAAAAUGUCGCGCAGUGGUAUCUUUAUUAUUAUUAUUUUUAAUUACGAUUUUAUCCACAUGCACGCGAAAGCUUCGACCCAGAGCAAACAUAGCUGGUCUCUUAAGGGGCUACUGGACCACGCACACUGUUCUGUUUUGGCUGGCGUCUCAACUGCCGCUAAAUUAAAAAAAAUCUGAUUUAAAUCCAACAAA